CUUUGCUAUGUGGACCUUCUGACUAUAGCUUUGGAAUAUUUCAGCUACUGGAUCCUCUCUCUUCUAAAUUCGUGUUGCCCAGAAGUAUUCUUUUAACUUUGUCUUGCAACUGUCAGCCUGCAAAUGUUCCAAGGGAUCUCUAUGGGAACUAUUUUUUAUUCCUAUUCCACUUCUUGCUGAACAGCCCCAGAAUGCUGUGGGAUCACCUUUCCAGGUAACUCAUUUCAUGCAAGUAAUCAGUUGGAGAGUUGGUGGCUUAUUGUGUGCAGGUGCAAGAGAAGAGUAGAUCUGUAAAGCUGUGUCUGUUCACUGAUUGUGCUAUGGAAGCCAGGGAAUAGGGCAGACAAGAGCUUAAUAGAUUCACAAAGUGAUAAGGGAAAUAUCUGGCAAAAGAUAACUUUCCCUCUCAGUUCAGAGCAGUCCAGAAGAAGGAUCUGUGUUCUCACACUUUUCUUCCCUUUGAGUUACAGCUUCUUGUUCUCUCACACAGCUUUAAUUGAAGCAGUAGUUGGAGAGCUUUCAACCUGUGACAGCUUUUGGUGGAUUGCACUUCAGCGUAGUGAACUUGAUGCAGCACAGUUGAGCGAGUUCAUUCUGUUUCAUCUCUGCAUCUCACAUGUUGCUGCCUUAGUGGCUGUGUCAGAAAGAGGAACUGAAAGCUACUGCACUGCUUCUUCUUGCUGGGACACCCUGUGCUUGGAAGUCUCUGGUGCUCUUGCAAGUUUCUUCUCUUACCUUUGUGAUGCCCUAGCAACACAAUGGGAAUACUGAAGGGUGAAAGCCUGUGUUUAGUAAUGUCAAUUGGGUUUUGACCUUUUGAAGUAUAUUCAGUCAUCAGAGAAGCUGUGCUGUUGCUGAUUCACAUUGAAUCUUGCCUUUUAUGCUUCUGCCAGAGGUGUUCCCAAGACAAUACAAACCCCUUUAAUUUGUAUCUGUAACAGCUGGACUAAAACAUAUCAAAUGAAUACAAACUACCAUUGAAGAAAGAAACCAGGAUUCAAGCAAUCAUCAAGAAAUGGGAAGCUGAUGCUGUUGCUCAGAUAUGUAAACUUCAUAAGAAAGUCUGAGAGGACUUCUUGUAUGCUUUGUUAUAUUUUCUUCAGCUGUUUGUCAAGCUGCUCUCUGGAUUAUUUGCUGUCACUGCUUCGAGCUCAGAACCAAGUAUUGAAAAAGGGGGUUGUGGAUGAGCAAGCAAACUCUGCAUCUCUGAAGGAGCAAUUGAAGAUGAAGGACCAAUCACUGAGAAAAUUGCAACAAGAAAUGGACAGCCUGACCUUUCGAAAUCAGCAGCUUGCCAAACGGGUGGAGUUACUUCAAGAUGAACUUUCGUUAAGUGAAACUAGGGGCAAGAAGAACAAGAAAAGUGCAGAAUCUUCAUCUCAGUUGAGUCAAGAGCAAAAAAGUGUCUUCAAUGAGGAUCUUCAGAAGAAGAUAGAAGAGAAUGAACGACUGCAUAUACUUUACUUUGAAGCAGAUGAGCAGCAUAAACGUUUAGAAGCAGAGCUGAGAACUAAACUGGAAGUUCUGGAAACUGAUGCUGCCCAGCAUCAAGCUGUAGUGGACAGCUUAACAAGGAAAUACACGGAUACCAUUGAAAAGCUGCAGAAUGAUAAAUCCAGAUUGGAAAUCAAGUCUCAGACACUAGAAAGAGAAGCUAAGGACUGUAGGCUUCGAACCGAAGAAUGUCAGCAACAGUUAAAGAAUCUUCAAGCAGCUUUGGGCAGUAGACUGGAAGAAUCUCUAUGCAUAAUCAAUGAAAAAGUACCUUUUAAUGACACAAGAUCUAAUCGGUACAAUGCUCUGAAUGUACCAUUGCACAACAGAAGAUAUCAGCUCAAGUUGCGAGACCUUGCUGGCCAGGCAUUGUCUUUCGUACAAGAAAUUGUAACAGCUCUUCUGAAUUUUCAUACAUAUACUGAGCAGAAGGUCCAGAUCUUUCCCAUUGAUUCUGCAACAGACACUAUAUCGCCAUUAAAUCAGAAGUUCUCACAGUAUCUUCAUGAAAAUGCUUUUUAUGUUCGCCCUCUGGAGGAAGGAAUGCUUCAGUUGUUUGAGAGUAUUACAGAAGAUACCGUGACAGUCCUGGAAACAACUGUGAAAUUGAAGGCCUUUUCAGAACAUUUAGCUUCAUACUUAUGCUUUUUAAGAAAGAUUCUUCCUUAUCAGUUAAAAAGUUUGGAAGAAGAGUGUGAGUCUUCUCUUUGCACAGCUGCUUUAAAAGCUAGAAAUAUGGAGCUACACAGAGACAUGAAAAGGUUGACGGCGAUCUUUGAGAAGCUACAUACAUAUGUUAGUCUUCUUGCUUUACCAAGUACGAAACCAGAAGGACUACUUAGGACAAAUUACAGCUUGGUGUUUACAAACAUUGCUGCAAGCCUUCAUGGGUCUCAUGACAUCCUGAAAGACAUUUCCAAGCACUACAGUCAGAAAGCUACACUAGAACAAGAUGUUCCAACUGCCACACAGAAGCUCAUAACUACAAACGACUGUAUUUUGUCCUCCAUUUUGUCUUUAACAAAUGGAGUAGGCAAGAUUGCUUCGUUCUUUAGCAACAACUUGGAUCACUUCACUUCUUCGUUGAGCUAUGGCCCAAAAGGAGGAACAGAGUUCAUCAGCCCUCUUUCAGCAGAGUGUAUGCUGCAGUACAAGAAAAAGGCAGUUGCCUAUAUGAAGACUCUGAAGAAGCCUUGUGCAGAUUCAGUGCCUUAUGAAGAGGCUUUGGCCAAUCGCAGAGUCCUUCUGAGUUCCACAGAAAGUAGAGAAGGUCUCGCACAACAGGUCCAACAGAGUUUGGAGAAAAUUGCAAAACUUGAACAAGAGAAAGAGCAUUGGAUGUUGGAGGCCCAGCUAGCAAAAAUAAAACUGGAGAAGGAAAACCAAAAGCUGAAGAACUCUCUUAGUGGACAUUUAGCUGAAACUGUACAGGAGUGUUCUGUUUUAUCAAAUACAACUGAACAAAAGGAGGAGACUACAGAGAAGAGUCAGAGGGAACCUAUCAAAAGUACUAGUCUGAUUGGGAUGUUGACUAUAACUACUGAUAACGAGAAGAUUCCAGAUGUUGAAUCUCGUGAAGACUUGAUUAAAAAACACUAUAUGGCAAGAAUAGCAGAACUUACAUCCCAUCUACAGCUUGCUGACAGCAAAUCAGUACACUUUCAUGCAGAGUGUCGAGCACUUGCCAAAAGAUUGUCUUUAGCUGAGAAGUCCAAGGAAUCACUCACAGAAGAAUUGAAACUAGCCAGUCAAAGCAUCAGUAGAUUACAGGAUGAAUUGAUGACGACAAAGAGAAGUUAUGAGGAUCAGUUAAGUAUGAUGAGUGAUCAUCUCUGCAGUAUGAAUGAGACUCUAACAAAACAAAGGGAAGAAAUUGACACACUGAAGAUGACUAGUAAGGGAAACUCUAAAAAGAACAAAACCCGAUAGCUUCCAGCUCAUCAGCUGUCUGUGGAGGCUGCUGCUGAAGAGAGUGCAGAUACUGUCUGGUGCCUGUUGUUACGGAAAGCAGGGUAGUGUUGGGUCUCGUGUGAACUGAUUUGGUGCUGUACAUGGCUUUAAAAUAUUUAGCACUUCCAACAGAUAGAACUUGGUGUUGUCUCUAAACCAGGACACGUACACUCUGUGGAUAAUUUGUAAUUACCUUCAGUUUUUACUGUGCACUUUUUAAAACUGGGUUUUAAUUUCCUGUAAUAACUUCAGCUUUUGUAUAUUUUUCAAAUAUGAUUAUGCAUUAAGAAAUUUGGUAUCAGUGCAGUAGUUGUCUGUUUCUGAGUUAUGUUAAAUUGUCAACAGCUGUACACUCAGUUCUUGCUAAUGACGGUUUAAAAAUUAAUUUGGAAACUUUGGCCAUGUGAGCUGUGCAGCUACUACUGUAAAUGUACUCCUGCCCUCUGAAAUGAAUUCAAGUGUGUCUUUAAAUGAUUUCUCUAAAUUCCCAUGGAUAAGUGGGAUCGUUCUUCAUACCCACCUCCUUUUUUUUUUUUUUUUUGUUAGAUUGCAAUAGUCGAAACUCUUGCUACUUGUAUUUGGCACUUUGGAUUUCGAAAUAAAGAGCACAAAUAGCUGAACUGGGAAACUUCUCUGAAAUUGCUUAAACCCUAAUUUUGGCAUUUUUGUAUACAUGUGUAUAUAUUCUGGUUGAAAUAGCUGUUAAAAGCUAUAGGAAAAUGUGAUCGUAAUUUUGCCCCAAAAGAGUGAAGCAGUAUAUGUGUGUAGAAUAGAUCAGCUUACUGUGCUCUCUAACAAUGAAGAAUAUAAAAUACGUAGAACUUUGAAACACUGAAUUUGCAAAAAGUCCCUCGUGGGGUUGGUUCUGAUGGGACGACUGAGGAGCUGCACAUAGCUUUUCUUAUGCUUUGGGAAGCUUGUGAUCUCUUGGCCUCUCAAGAUUCUUUAAGUGAAGUCUAAUAAUACACGGUUUCAUGACAUCUGACUUUUUUUUUUUAAACCAGAUGUGCUGCUUCACACUGAUCUUCAGUUCCAUAAUGUACAUUGUGGCACUUAGUUGUCCCAUAAGGGUUUGCUCUGAUAUCAGCUGUGUCAAUGUGUUACCAAUAUGUAACAAUAAAAUCAACUAAACAAAA